CAGACACAUACCAUUGUGCCCAGAAAAGUUGCCAGACGUCCAGCAUUGCCACUGCCAGCGCAUCCGCCCAGGCCAGGAAUCAUGUGGACGCCCAGGUGCAGACGGAGGCCCCUGUGCCUGUCAGCGUGCAGCCCCCGUCCCGGGACGACAUACCCCGGCUCGCAGCCUUUCUUCGGAGAGUGGAGGCCAUGGUCAUCCGAGAGCUGAAUAAGAAUUGGCAGAGCCACGCGUUUGAUGGCUUCGAGGUGAACUGGACCGAGCAGCAGCAGAUGGUGUCUUGUCUGUAUACCCUGGGCUACCCGCCAGCCCAAGCGCAGGGUCUGCAUGUGACCGGCAUCUCCUGGAACUCCACUGGCUCCGUGGUGGCCUGUGCCUACGGCCGGCUGGACCAUGGGGACUGGGGCACGCUUAAGUCCUUUGUGUGUGCCUGGAACCUGGACCGGCGAGACCUGUGUCCCCAGCAGCCGUCGGCCGUGGUGGAGGUCCCCAGCGCUGUCCUGUGUCUGGCCUUCCACCCCACGCAGCCCUCCCACGUCGCAGGAGGGCUGUACAGUGGUGAGGUGCUGGUGUGGGACCUGAGCCGUCUUGAGGACCCGCUGCUUUGGCGCACAGGCCUGACGGAUGACACCCACACAGACCCUGUGUCCCAGGUGGUGUGGCUGCCCGAGCCCGGGCACAGCCACCGCUUCCAGGUGCUGAGUGUGGCCACCGACGGGAAGGUGUUGCUCUGGCAGGGCGUUGGGGCAGGUCAGCUGCAGCUCACAGAGGGCUUCGCCCUGGUCAUGCAGCAGCUGCCACGGAGCACUAAGCUCAAGAAGCAUCCCCGCGGGGAGACCGAGGUGGGUGCCACGGCAGUGGCCUUCUCCAGCUUUGACCCCAGGCUGUUCAUUCUGGGCACGGAAGGCGGCUUCCCGCUUAAGUGUUCCCUGGCAGCUAGAGAGGCAGCCCUCACGCGGAUGCCCAGCUCCGUGCCCCUGCGGGCCCCAGCACAGUUUACCUUCUCCCCCCACGGCGGUCCCAUCUAUUCUGUGAGCUGUUCCCCCUUCCACAGGAAUCUCUUCCUGAGCGCUGGGACUGACGGGCAUGUCCACCUGUACUCCAUGCUGCAGGCCCCUCCCCUGACUUCGCUGCAGCUCUCCCUCAAGUAUCUGUUUGCUGUGCGCUGGUCCCCAGUGCGGCCCUUGGUUUUUGCAGCUGCCUCUGGGGAAGGUGACGUGCAGCUGUUUGAUCUCCAGAAAAGCUCCCAGAAACCCACAGUUUUGAUCAAGCAAACCCAGGAUGAAAGCCCUGUCUACUGUCUGGAGUUCAACAGCCAGCAGACUCAGCUCUUGGCUGCGGGCGAUGCCCAGGGCACAGUGAAGGUGUGGCAGCUGAGCACAGAGUUCACGGAACAAGGGCCCCGGGAAGCUGAGGACCUGGACCGCCUGGCAGCGGAGGUGGCGACCUGAGGGGUCCCGGGAGGCGGGUGCAAGCCUUUGCUGUGCCGAGCCUUGUGUUUCUGACGUAAGCUGAAUGAAGAAAAGCAAAGCUUUGGGGGAA